UCCCUCUGUCGGUCCGUUGUGUCGUUGCGCUGGCCUCUCAGUCUGGCGCGCAACAGUGACUCGUCGGCUCGACUUCGCUCGGCAGUCGCGAUCAAGCUCGCGUUCUAAACGGGACACGUGUGUGAUGCAGGGAAUUCCUUAUUGCGCAUUUUUAAUACAUUAUUUAUUACUUUUGCUUUCGGUACUUAGAGAUAACGCGACCCAUGGGAAAGAAGAGAAAUGAAUUGUCAUAGUUUCUUUGACUGCUCUGCUUGAACGUUUUUCUAAUCUUUUUUCUUCAUUUUCAUGUUUGUCAUUUGCUCUCCUUUUAUUGCCUGGUUCUCGACGUCAUUUAUCCGAGAGAAGCUACGAAACGGAAGAAUAAAUGUGGACAAGUUCGAAGGAUCAUAGACGAUGUGUGAACCUAGUUAAGUUUACUGAAAAUCGAAGAUGCUAUCCUAUUGUCCAUUGUUCCAUUGCGUUCGGAUCGAUCGAUAUGUUUUUGUUUACACGCCGCAAGCGGCUACGUUGAAACUCUCGUUGUUCAUCUGUGCUCUUUAACUAAAUCUUGACGAAUUUGACAAAGAGUGAAGCGAAAUCGCUAUCGAGUUGUCGCUCGAUUCAUUGAAAAACUCGUCUCUUCUUCUCUGUGGAGACCAAAGCGUAUCUUGUAGCGUGCAGAGAGAUAGAGAAAAAAAGAAAAGAAGCAGUGUUUAACUCGUUGGGAAAGAGGGAAUCACGGGAAGAUCCCACGUAUUCGCUCGAUCAUUUUAGAGAGAGAGAGAGAGAGAGAGAGAGAGAGAGAGAGAGAGAGAGAGAGCGCGCGAGCAAGCGAGCGAGCGAGAGAGCGUCGAGGCCACGUGGGUGUUAUCGGAGCGAAUUUGCCCCGAGAGGUCGGUUCGGUACGUGGGAGUGAUUACACGAACGAGUUCAUUCAUCGUGCGGAUUCCAGCGCGCCGGAAGUGACGACGACUUCCUCGGAGAGCUCCGACGUACGUCGUCGAACGGGAGGGAGAGAGAGGAGAUUGCUCGAUUAGCGCGUGCAUUCGAGAUUCGUCUUUUGUGGAAAGUGCCAUUCGAGAAACAAGUUUGGACGAGGAGACGAAGAAGAAAGAUAAGAAAAUUACCGAAAGGAUAAUAAAGAAAGAAGAGAAAAGGAUGUCGAAGAUGGCGCAAAAAGUAGGGAGACUCGAAAAGAGACUGCAAUGUCCUGUCGAAUGUCUCGUGGCUCCUUGAAUUUUUCUUAUCCAGCUCACCCUUCUUUGUUACUCUUCCCAUAUAUCUUUUCUUCUAAUCUCUCGACGUCGGUCUAUCUAGAAGAGAAUGAAAUCGACGUAUAAGUCGUCGUUGCUCGAGUCACGAGGACGACCAAGGAUAUGCGAAUGAUCGACGAAUCCAUCCUAUCUUCUAUUAUUUUUCCUUCGUCGAAGCGCAACGAUACACGAUCAGCGCGCGAUUAUGCAGCUGAAGAAAGCGAUGCUUAAGAUAUUCGACCAAUCGCCAUUUCUCGAAAUCUGGUAAAAUGAGGAAUAAGAAGAAUAAGAGGAAGGAUAAGGAGAAGAAGAAGAAGAAGAAGAAGAAGAAGGAGAAGAAGAAGAAGAAGAAGAGGAAGAGGAAGAAGUAGAAGAAGAAGAAGAAGAAGAAGAAGAAGAAGAAGAAGAAGAGGAAGCGAAAGAGGAAGGAUGGAUCGCGUUGACCGAAAGCAAUUUCUUUGUUCCCUCAGGCCUGCACUUGCGGAGCAUCGAGGAGCCGAGGAUGACGGCGGAGACGGCAGCUCCUUGUCUGCAGGGGGUGCAAGGGGUGCAGGGCGUUAUGGCGGGUCAGGGCAUUUUGCAACAGGUGCAAGAUGGAAAGUCCACGGGAAGUUAUUACACCUCGACUACGACCGUCUACGAUCCGGAAUACGCUCGGAUGGAGGCCUGGCUCGACGAGCACCCCGACUUCGUCAAUGAUUAUUUUCUCAGGAAGGUGACACGGCAAACGGUAGACAUGUGGUUAGUCUCGCAUGCGACGCCAACGUCCUCGUCGAGCAGCUGCAUCGAGUUGUCCAGUCCAACGCACCCCGGUGGUUCCUCGUCCUCGGGUCGAGGUGCCUCCAGCGGCGGUUCCGGGGCCACGACGCCGGUCAGAAAGAUAUCCGCACACGAAUUCGAGCGAGGUGGCCUUUUGAAACCAAUCGUCAAUACGAUCGACGGUACGCCGACCUUCCUAAGCGUUUCCUCCGGGGAGACGGAUCAAUCCGGUGGGCAACCAGUUGGCUCGACUAAUUCUGCACGAUCCCAAAGACGAUCUAGGCACGAGCUAAGGCAUCUGGACGAGAAGGAUCUUAUAUUCGAAUUGGUCAAGGAUAUUUGUAACGAGUUGGAUGUCAGAUCUUUGUGCCAUAAGAUCCUUCAGAACGUGAGCACUUUGCUACACGCCGAUCGCGGUUCUUUGUUCCUUGUCCAAGGCGAGAGGGGUGGCGGACACAUACCUUCCUUACAAAAUCACGAGGCGAACGUUAACUAUGGAACCGACAAUGGAACGUCCCGAAGGUCUGGCAAUCAGGGUUGCGGUCAAACCUAUUCGAAAAGUAGGUGCCUCGUUUCUAAGCUCUUCGACGUUUGCUCGAGGUCGACUCUCCUCGAGAUGGAGAAGAAGGACGAAAUCAAGAUUCCCUGGGGAACAGGGAUCGUUGGUUACGUCGCCGAAAGCGGAGAACCCGUCAACAUACCAGACGCUUAUAAGGAUUCGAGGUUUAAUCGUGAGAUCGAUGCGCUUACGGGAUACAGAACGAGAGCGUUGUUGUGUAUGCCGAUCAAGGAUUGCAACGGCGACGUCGUCGGGGUCGCCCAGGUCAUCAACAAGCUCGGCGGAGAGGCGCAAUUCACGGCGCAGGAUGAAAAGGUCUUUGCCGGUUACUUGCAAUUCUGCGGAAUCGGCCUGAGGAAUGCCCAACUUUACGAGAAGAGUCAGUUGGAAGUGAAGAGAAAUCAAGUGCUGUUGGAUUUAGCCAGAAUGAUCUUCGAGGAGCAGAGUACGAUAGAACACAUGGUCCUGAGGAUCUUAACUCAUACUCAAUCAUUGAUACAAUGCCAACGCGUUCAGGUAUUAUUGGUGCAUAAGGCAUCGAAAGGAAGCUUCUCUCGCGUGUUCGACUUCGAGGCGAACGAUCUCACGGGCGAAGAUUCCGAUUCUCGUACGAGUCCGUUCGAGAGUAGAUUUCCUAUAAACGUCGGCAUCACCGGAUACGUGGCGACGACAGGCGAGACGGUCAGUAUAUCAAAUGCCUACGAAGAUCCAAGAUUCGAUCCAUCCGUCGACGAUGGUACGGGGUUCCGACAUCGCACCAUACUCUGCAUGCCCAUAAAGAAUUCAUCCGGACAGAUAAUCGGUGUCAUACAACUAAUCAACAAAUUCGACGAUCUUCCUUUUACAAAAAACGACGAGAACUUUGUCGAGGCGUUCGCCAUAUUCUGCGGCAUGGGCAUACACAAUACGCACAUGUACGAGAAGGCUGUGAUAGCGAUGGCUAAACAAAGCGUUACUUUGGAAGUACUGAGUUACCACGCGUCGGCAUCUUUAGAGGAUGCUCAAAGACUGAGGGGCUUAAGAGUGCCAUCCUCGGCGCACUAUCAAUUACACGACUUCAAAUUCGACGACAUUCAUAUGGAGGACGACGAAACUCUCACGGCUUGCCUAAGAAUGUUUCUCGAUCUUGACUUUGUCGAACGUUUUCACAUAGAUUACGACGUACUUUGUAGAUGGUUACUUAGCGUUAAGAAAAAUUAUCGGAACGUAACUUAUCACAAUUGGAGACACGCCUUCAACGUUGCACAAAUGAUGUUUGCCAUUUUAACUGCUACCCAGUGGUGGAAAGUCUUCGGUGAAAUCGAAUGUCUCUCUUUGAUCAUCGCUUGUCUCUGUCACGAUCUCGAUCAUCGUGGUACCAACAAUUCUUUUCAAAUCAAGGCUUCCUCCCCGCUGGCGCAACUUUAUUCGACUUCCACGAUGGAACAUCACCACUUCGAUCAAUGUCUAAUGAUACUGAGCAGUCAGGGUAAUCAGAUUUUGUCGAAUCUUUCACCGGAGGAAUAUUCUCGAGUGGUCAAGGUUCUCGAGGAGGCUAUUCUGUCGACCGAUCUUGCCGUCUAUUUUCGAAAGAGAGGAGCCUUUUUCAGCUUGGCGCGAGGUGGCGGCUAUAAUUGGGCAUACGGAGAUCAUCGUGAACUUUUGCGUGGUAUGCUGAUGACCGUAUGCGAUUUGGCGGCCAUCACGAAACCUUGGGAGGUCGAGAAGAGAGUGGCCGAAUUGGUUAGCAGUGAAUUUUUUGAACAGGGCGACAUCGAAAGGCGGACGUUAAAUAUUACGCCAAUCGAUAUUAUGAAUAGGGAGAAAGAGGAUCAGUUGCCGAUGAUGCAAGUUGGCUUCAUCGAUUCGAUUUGCCUCCCCAUAUACGAGGCAUUCGCUUUACUAUCGGACAAAUUGGAGCCCUUGGUCGAAGGUGUCAGAAACAACAAGCGACACUGGUUGGAAAUCGCAGAGUCCAAGUGCCAGACGGAAAAUUGCACGAAUCACGACAGGACGUCGACGUUAUCCGAUGACGACAACGAAGAGAUCAACGAACAGGCGGACCAAUAGUCGUUAAUAUCAGUGCAUGUGCGAUUAAAGUUUAAUGCCUCAGAAACGGAUCGAAAUGCUCGCGUUUCGAUCAUCGACAAGAGUGACGAACGGACGAA